ACGCCUUCCCUCCUCCAUCCAUUCGCAUUCUUCCGUUCCGCGGUUUCCCAGCUCACAGAAAGCCUUGACGACAUCCCACCUCGAACCAGGGCCCUCCCACGCGUUGGCGACAUACACAGAACAAGGGCUUUCGCCGGUAGCCAUCACGUAAACAAUAGCGAUCGGUUGCAGAAAUCUCCCAGUCCACAACGACCGCGCACCUCCGACCCUACAUCUCACUCCUCUAGAACACCCUCCUUAUAAUGACCCGGACAUCCGCAGCACCGUUGUUCCUCCUCCUCCUAUGCCUUCCCUCUUUGUCGCUACCCGCAUUAGCACUGUCCAUGCCAUCCCCCCGCAGGACCGUCGACGUUGUGUAUGAACGCAUCUGGCCACGACGCCGAACGAUCAAUGUGCCAAGAGCCGGCCCUGCAAGUGGAUACUAUCCACCCGCGAAUGCAGGAGGGUCCAUGCUUACUAGCGUAGCAGGGACGUUCCCUCCAGGACAAGGCGAACCGCUCAAUAUCAUCGUAUCAGGCUCCUCCAGUCCCGAAGUGCUGGUCCACUCAUCGCUGAAUGGAGGCUUCCUGAACUUUUGGAUGGCUGUUGGCUUCGGUGGAGAAUGCUUGGGGCAGCAUAUUGGUGCUUCGCAGAUGGCAGACCUCGGUGACGGCAAUGGUCUCGUGAACGAGACGGCGGAGCUGCGCUGGGACUAUGGAGAUCCAUCACUCGGGACCUGUGAGGAGACUAUUCAGGGAGGAGACCACUUCCGUUAUUGGCAACAGAACGGAAAGUCAGCGAACAGCUCAGCAUACUUUCUUGCCUCGUCGUAUGAGAAACCUAUUGCCGAAGGCCAUGACAUUGUACCUAAUGGCUACAACUUCGGACGGGAUUGGCUCAUCGGUAACAUCACGGGCUCUCCGAUCGACACAUUUUCUCUUACCAACACUUCAACCUUCUCGGGCACCAAGUCGUAUGCUGGAUUCGUGUACUCCGUGGGGAUAUCAUACGUGUCGGGCUUGUUGUCGAACACAAGCUACGGGAUCAACCACAAUCUCUCCGUCCCCAUCAACGGUCUGAAUGCCAUAGAUGGCCUAGUAGCUGUUCUAGACAUCAAGGUUGUGACCAAGCCUGCGAACGCAACGAGUGCUGGACUGCCGAUUAUACGACCGUCCUCACUGCCGUCGCUGCUCGCUCCUCUAUUGGUGCUAGGGUUGUCUCUUUGGGCUGGACUCUUAUCCGUUGCCGUGUAAUCUUCCUCUGCGAGCCUUGCCCUGCGAUACCUCCACGUCCUACCUCAUGCUUAUCUAUCAACCAUUCGCUCUCACACACCCAUGCAUCCAUCUGCAUUCGUACUUAGACGGACUGCUCGACUGACUGCUCGACACAAUGGACCAUCCUAGCAUAGAACAAUCUACUUAUCAGCCGCGGCGUGUGUGAACUCCUGUCACAGCGUACAUCUCAGUGGCUGGACAACCCUGUUUCUGACCUUUCCAUGUCGCUUCAGAGCCUCAUCGGUACUAAUUUCCAGAAUUGUGGCUGGGGCGAUGAUAGCGAUGUCGCUGUUUCUAGUUCCUCGAGACCAACAUUCUCAAUCCAAUCCAGUAGGCACCCUCGCAUCUUACCUCGUCGCUUCCGCUUUGCAGCUAUCUUCUACAUGUUUAGGAACGUGAAGCUUGAGCUUGACCCCUGGUCCCUCCUUUCCAAAGUGAAAGACAAAUAACAUCAAGUGAAAGACAAACAACUCGCCCGUAGUAUAUAAGUUUGGCAUACCCAGGCGCAUAUACUCACCAAUCCUCUCUUCCUUUCCCUCUCAUCUCGUUCAGCACACUCUUUUACCUCCACGAUCCUUACUCGCCA